AUGGCUUCAGUCGAUUCCAUUCUCGCUGCCAAGUAUCCGGCCAAAGCCCACGCGCGCCGUGUCGCGGAGGCCCUAAAGGCGCACGGCGAUGCUGGCGCUAUUUACCUCGAGGCACAAAAGACCCGUCUGAUCGAGGAUAACGAUGAGGCGAUGCCUUUCAGACAACGUCGUCCUUUUUUCUACCUCACUGGAUGUCUUUUGGCCGAUGCGUCGAUGGCCUAUGAUAUCAAAGCCGACCAGUUGACCUUGUUCGUUCCGCCGAUCGACCCUGAUUCCGUCAUUUGGUCCGGUCUGCCUUUGUCGGUGGAGGAAGCUGCGCAGCUGUACGACGUUGACCGUGUACUGUACACCACCGACGUCAAUGCCACUCUCGCCUCGAUUGCCUCGGCUCACGGUGGAACAACCGUGGCCUUUGCCAUCGAGGAACAAGUUUCCGAAGGCAUCGAGUUUAAGGGCUUCGCCGAGGCUAAGCUGUCCGUCUUGAAGGACGUGAUUGGGGAUGCUCGCGUGGUCAAGGAUGCCUAUGAAGUAGCACUUUUGAGAAAAGCAAAUGACAUUACUGCCAAGGCACACAUUGCCGCCAUCAGGGCUUCAAGGACGGCCACCAAUGAACGGGAGAUGGAGGCAGCUUUCCUCAGCAUCUGCGUCGCCAAUAACUGUCGUGAGCAGUCUUAUCACCCCAUUUUCGCCGGUGGUGAAAAUGGAGCUACCCUCCAUUACGUCCGGAAUGACGAGAGUCUGACGGACGCGGCAACACAGAAGCGAAAGGGUAACUUGUUGAUAGAUGCCGGAUGUGAAUACCAGACAUACUGCGCUGAUGUCACGCGUGUCAUUCCUCUUGCUGGAAAGUUCCCCACGGAGACCCGUCAGAUCUAUGAAAUUGUCUUAGAGAUGCAGAGAGAGUGCAUUGCGGUGCUGAAAGAGGGCGUCCGGUGGGACGACGUGCACGCAUUGGCGCACCGCAUUGCCAUCAAGGGCCUGCUGAAGCUCGGGAUUCUGCGUGGCUCCGAAGACGAACUCUUUGAGAAGCGCGUCAGUGUGGCCUUUUUCCCGCACGGCCUGGGCCAUUAUCUGGGCAUGGAUACCCACGAUACCGGUGGCUAUCCCAACUACGAUGACAAAGAUAAAAUGUUCCGGUAUCUGCGUGUUCGGCGCAACCUGCCUGCGGGCGCUGUGAUUACGGUCGAGCCCGGCAUUUACUUCUGCCGCUUCAUUAUCGAUCCGGUCUUGAAGUCUUCGGAGCUUGGCAAGUACAUUGAUGCCGAUGUCCUGGAGCGGUACUGGAGCGUGGGAGGCGUGCGUAUCGAGGAUAACAUUCAUAUCACUAAGGACGGUAGUGAGAACUUGACAUCGGCCCCGAAGGCCAUCGAGGAGGUGGAGAGCCUUGCUCAAUAA